CCAGGAGGGGGGCUCCCGUCCUAUUUCUGAAACCACUUUGUACAUACAUAGCAAAGUUGCCGACCACAUAAACCGAAACCACCCAGGAAGGAUUAAAUCAUCAUGCUCACCCCGCUAGCAAUCGCCGCCGCUUCAGGCAUCGGAGGAGUAGUCCUACUAAGGUAUUCACUACGAACAGCAAGAUCAAAUGGACAGGUGCUCUCGCCCAUGAUGAACAUGAUUGCCGGGAAACCUCGAGCUAAGAAGAUUGGGGAACUAACAGGCGAUUGGCAUAUCGGUGGAUUCCAAGCCAAGAUGGAUCGGAAAGAGGCAAGGGAUAUCUUGGGUCUCAAAGAAUCUCAAGUCACAAAGAACCGAUUGAAAGAUGCACAUCGGAAAAUCAUGUUGGCAAAUCAUCCCGACCGAGGCGGAAGCCCAUACAUGGCCAGUAAAAUCAACGAAGCAAAAGAUUUACUUGAUAAAGGCUUGAGAUAGCUUCAUUAACAUACGUGUGUACUAUACAUAUAUAUAUAUAUAUACCUUAAGAAAACAACAGAUUUUCAAUCAUACCUUUACUUUGCCUGGAUAUACAUACAAACCAUAAUCUGGAAAAUAAAUCCCCACAAUCAACUGUAUGUAGGACCUCUCUCAUCACUCCAAAUUCGAAUCCAAAAGAUUUUUUUUUUUUUGAUAUGUAAAUCAUUCAGUUUGUUUCAUCUGAUCUUCUUGAAGCUUGUCCGAUUUACAUUAUUUCUCCUUUCCUUUCCCCUUUCAUUUUUUUAAAAGCUCUCUGUAGCUAGGACAAAGAAAUGAUAAACUUGUACAAGCUUUGGCAAAUCUAUCUUGUGUUUUUUUCUCUGGCUCUCCAUUCUA